AUAAACAAUAAAAUCUCGAUGGACUCAUUUAGCCGUACAAAAUAUAAACAAAUUAAUACCAAAAAGACAUAAUAGUCGCUUUUGAAGUAGAUCAAACUUUUAUCAAACCAUGAGCUGCAACUACGCGGAUGGAUUGUCAGCCUACGACAACAAGGGAAUUUUGGGAGCACCAGAGAGUUUCGACAGCGAUGAGGUUGUGGCCGAAAAGUGCCAGGAAUUGGCUGAAUUGAUCAAGAAAUCGGGACACGUUGUCCUCCACACGGGAGCUGGGAUCAGUACGUCUGCAGGAAUUCCGGAUUUCCGCGGACCCAAGGGCGUUUGGACCCUGGAGGAGAAGGGCGAGAAGCCGGACUUCAAUGUUUCCUUCGAUGAAGCCAGACCAACUAAAACCCACAUGGCUAUCAUAGCCCUGAUUGAAAGUGGCUAUGUGCAGUACGUAAUCUCACAGAAUAUUGAUGGUCUCCACUUGAAAUCCGGACUGGAUCGGAAGUAUCUUUCCGAAUUGCACGGCAACAUUUACAUCGAACAGUGUAAGAAAUGCAGACGGCAAUUUGUGAGCCCAUCUGCCGUGGAAACAGUGGGUCAAAAAUCCCUGCAACGUGCCUGCAAGUCUUCAAUGGAUAGCAAAGGUCGUAGCUGUAGAUCGGGAAUCCUAUACGAUAACGUUCUGGACUGGGAGCACGAUCUUCCCGAAAACGACCUCGAAAUGGGUGUGAUGCACUCCACCGUCGCUGACCUAAAUAUUGCGCUUGGAACCACUUUGCAGAUCGUUCCCAGCGGAGACCUUCCUUUAAAGAAUCUAAAAUGCGGUGGAAAAUUUGUCAUUUGUAAUCUGCAGCCCACAAAACAUGACAAAAAGGCUAACUUAAUCAUAUCCAGUUAUGUGGAUGUGGUUUUGUCCAAAGUUUGUAAACUAUUGGGUGUUGAGAUACCCGAAUAUUCGGAGGCUUCCGAUCCUACAAAGCAGUCCAAGCCAAUGGAGUGGACAAUACCCACAAGCAAUGUAAAUACCUUUCACAGACAAUAUAAAAAGUAUGUAAAAGACUCAAAAAUUGAAUCUAAAGCUAAGAAAACAAAGUACACGUAAGUCAAAUGUUUAAAGUUACUAAUAUCU